AGCUCAGCUGAAAUUUUCUUCUUCUUAGCUUCAGAUUUUUUCAUUCUUCGAGCUGUGAGUUUCUGAUCGUUGAGGGACUCUGUUUAGUUUCCGAGAAAAUCUGCAUAAAUUUUCCCGGAGAAUUAAACCUCGCAUUAGGAAAAUUUUGGCUCUAUACUGAAAAAAUGCCAAGCAUUAGAGCUCCAGCUGCGAAGAAGACCACUACACUGACGGUUGCUGUGAAAUGUAGACCGUUAAUGGAGAAAGAACGUGGUAGAGACAUUGUUCGAGUGAAUAACUCUAAGGAAGUGAUUGUGUUGGACCCGGACUUAUCCAAGGAUUAUCUUGAUCGAAUUCAGAAUCGGACUAAAGAGAAGAAAUAUUGUUUUGAUCAUGCAUUUGGACCUGAGAGCACGAACAAGAAUGUAUAUAGGAGUAUGUCUUCUGUGAUCUCUAGUGUUGUUCAUGGACUCAAUGCUACAGUGUUUGCUUAUGGUUCCACUGGAAGUGGCAAAACAUAUACAAUGGUUGGAACACGAAGUGAUCCUGGAUUGAUGGUUCUCAGCCUGAAUACGAUAUUUGAUAUGAUCAAGAGUGACAAGAGCUCAGAUGAGUUUGAAGUGACUUGCUCAUAUCUUGAGGUCUACAAUGAAGUUAUAUACGAUCUGCUUGAAAAAUCAUCCGGUCAUUUGGAGCUCAGAGAGGAUCCAGAGCAGGGGAUAGUAGUUGCUGGCCUGCGAUCAAUCAAGGUCUAUUCUGCUGAUCGGAUUCUUGAACUGCUGAACUUAGGGAACAGUAGACGAAAAACUGAGAGCACAGAGAUGAAUGGAACGUCAUCAAGAUCCCAUGCAGUUCUGGAGAUUGCAGUGAAAAGAAGGCAAAAGAAUCAAAAUCAAGUCAUGAGAGGGAAACUCGCCCUUGUAGAUCUUGCUGGCAGUGAAAGAGCUGCUGAGACGAACAACGGAGGUCAAAAACUGAGGGAUGGAGCUAAUAUUAAUCGCUCACUCCUUGCACUAGCAAAUUGCAUAAAUGCUUUGGGGAAGCAACACAAGAAGGGUCUUGCUUAUGUCCCAUACAGAAACAGCAAACUUACGCGGAUUCUUAAAGAUGGUCUGAGUGGGAACUCCCAGACAGUGAUGGUUGCAACUAUAUCACCUGCUGAUAGUCAGUAUCAUCAUACUGUGAACACAUUGAAAUAUGCUGACAGAGCAAAAGAGAUUAAGACACACAUUCAGAAAAAUAUUGGUACCAUUGACACUCAUAUGUCAGACUACCAACGAAUGAUCGACAAUCUUCAAAGUGAGGUUUCUCAGCUGAAGAAACAGCUAGCAGAAAAGGAGUCACAGUUAAGUAUCAAACCUUUUGAAAGAGGUGUUGAACGUGAACUUUCGUGGUUGGAUGGUUUAAGCCACCAGAUCAGUGAAAAUGUGCAAGACCGUAUAAACCUACAGAAGGCUUUAUUUGAGCUUGAGGAAACUAACCUGAGAAACCGCACUGAACUUCAGCAUCUCGAUGAUGCUAUUGCGAAACAGGCGACAGAGAAAGAUGUUGUCGAAGCUCUAAGUAGCAGAAGACAAGUUAUACUUGAUAAUAUCCGCGACAAUGAUGAAGCCGGUGUUAACUACCAGAGAGAUAUUGAAGAAAAUGAAAAACAUCGUUGCAAACUACAGGAUAUGCUCAAUGAAGCAAUAAAUAACAACGGAAACAAAACUUACCUGCAUAUUCUUAAUCAGUAUAAGCUCCUGGGGAUGGGUAAUACUGAACUACAGUUUGAAAUGGCAAUGAGGGACCAAAUCAUUUACAACCAAAGGGAAGCCCAGAGAAACCUAUGGAAUUUGCUCAUGGGUUUAGGAGUUGAAGAGAAACAAGUGUUCGAUCUCGCUGCAAAACAAGGAAUCACAAUCGAAGACUGGAGUAGUAUGGCGUCGUUUCCAGGACUUCCUUACCGGAAACAGACACCGAGUUUCAUACCUGCAAACAUCCCUUUCGUGGGACACUCAUAUUCUAAAUCCUCAUGCACGUUCCAGAGCUAUCAAGACCCUUCUUCUAAAGGACAACAAUGGGCUCCAACUCCUACUUUAUGUAGAGAGGAACACCACAGCUCUUACUACUUCAUGGGACAGGAGCCACCUGCAUUUGUCAAUCUUAGGAAAAGCCACGAUGGUUGGGUUGGUGGCAGCAGACCAGCUUCACGGAUCGACACAGGAGGCAAUCAGCGUCGAGUCUCAUAUCCACAAACUGUGAACAAUUCUUCUCCUCGGAUGGCCCCUUCGCAUUUGGGUCCCGCUUUUUACCAGACUCCUCAAAGGGAAAUGUUGGUCAACACAACAAGUCCUUAUAGUAGCCCGCGAGCAGGACUCAUCAACGGGGCCACCACUCCGUCCGUGCAACCUUUCUAUGGAAGUCCUCGUGCCGUCACUGUGAGAAACGGUUCAUACAACAAUCCACGCAUCCCCACUGCAGUUUCAUCCAAUGGUGCGAGAAACCAACAACGAGUGUUUGGAACGAGCCCACUUGCAGGAACCAAAGGCGUCAAGAACUCUUCGUAUGGACAGAACAGCGCCACAAAGUUGUACAGAGGAGGACUAAAAUCCCUAAGUCGACCUCCUGUUCUCUCCGCCGGAAUCGACCUUCUCCGGCGUCCCCUCAGCUUCCUCCGAGCUUCGCCGACGUCAUUGGCCACCAUUCUAAUGAAAGACGGAGACAUGGAAACGAGAAUCGAACAGAAGAAGAAAAUUUCCGAGAUUUUCAAAGAUUUUAUGACAGGAAUCACACAGCUUGAGGAACUAGAGAAUGCUGCAAACAACUUUCUUCUUCGGUUUCAGCAAGGACUAAGUUUUCUUCAACGCCCUCCAAUGGUUACUUCGUCUAAGUUGAUGGAGAACAUUAUCAAGAAGAAUGAAACAAGACGGCUUAAAUCAUAUAUAGAAGCAGAAUGUAUUAACAUCCAUGAUGCUGCACAAAGCACAAGAGCUUCCAAAAGCUUGUUAAUUGAGCUGGAGCGUCUCACUGAUGAGGCCUCUCUUGCAAUUGAGUCUGCCACACAGCUAGAUAAAGACUCAAGUAAUGAAUUGCGACAAGUUAUGUGUGAUGAGGAGAACGAGACUGCACAAUUACCUCAAGGACCUGAAGUUACAGAGUACGCUGCACUUAUCGCAGUAAUUUACAGUAUGAUGAAGCAGAACUAUGCGAUGCAGGAAAAGAUUGUGAGAUCGCUUAGUUUGAAGACAUCAUCUGAUCUAGCUAGCAGCGGCGUCUUCGAAUUUUUCGUGGCUGCGUUUAACGUUGCCACGAAGAAGAAGAAGAAGAAGAAGAAGACGAAGAUGGAUUACCAGAACAAGCUUGUCCUUGCUCCCAUGGUUCGUGUGGGAACGCUCUCUUUCAGGAUGUUGGCGGCGGAAUACGGCGCCGAUAUUACCUACGGCGAAGAGAUUAUCGAUCAUAAGCUUGUUAAAUGCGAACGCCGACUUAAUGUUGCUUAUGGGACAACUGAGUUUGUGGAGAAGGGAACAGACAAUGUCCUCUUUAGCACAUGUGAGGAAGAAAAAAAUAGGGUUGUUUUUCAGAUGGGAACUUCUGAUGCUGUUAGGGCUCUAAAGGCUGCUGAGAUUGUGUGCAACGACGUUGCAACUGUUGAUAUUAAUAUGGGUUGCCCCAAGGCGUUCUCUAUUCAAGGAGGAAUGGGUGCUGCUUUGUUAAGUAAACCUGAGCUAAUUCAUGAUAUUUUGGCAACACUUAAGAGAAACUUAGACGUACCAGUUACUUGCAAGAUUCGUUUAUUAAAAUCACCAGCAGAUACUGUUGAAUUGGCUAGGAGAAUCGAAAAACUUGGUGUACCUGCUCUUGCUGUACAUGGGAGGAAAAUUGCAGAUAGGCCAAGAGAUCCUGCUAAAUGGGAUGAGAUUGCAGAUGUGGUGGCAGCAUUAUCUAUUCCCGUCAUUGCAAAUGGCGAUGUUUUAGAAUACGAUGAUUUCUCUCGCAUCAAAACUGCAACAGGCGCUGCAUCAGUGAUGGUUGCAAGAGGAGCUAUGUGGAAUGCUUCAAUUUUCUCUCCAAAAGGAAAAUCACACUGGGAAGAUGUGAAAAAGAAAUACCUUAGAAAGAGCAUCUUGUGGAAUAACGAUGUUAAGAGCACGAAAUACACGAUAAAGGAGAUGAUAGCACAUCAUUCUUGUCUUGAACUACCGGAAGGAAAGUCUAUCAACAAAGCAGACACUUUAGAAGAUUUAGCGCGGCUAUACGAUUUAGAAGAUUACUUUUGGACAGUGAAGAACAUUGGUCCACUGACACAUGACUUAAAUCAUGUUUUAUGAUACUGAAAAGAAAAUGCCAACACUUAC